CAUAUGUGCCGCUUAUCUUUUCGACUUUUUGAGUAAGAAAAGCCUUCAAUCUGACGAAUUUUCCCGAAAAUACCUCUGCCAUCCAAAAACCCUUAGGAAACAGAGAAAAGUACCAAGGUCGCUCAUAGCGCACCCGAAUUGCUUCAAACUGUAUUCAAUUUCACUCCUCGCCUUUCCAAUUUGGUCGUGUCUAAUCAACACGCCUAUUUGUAAGUAACUACUCAAUUGCGAUGCCGGAUUCUCAACAUCAAGUUUAACAGUAAUUAUUUCCUUUAUUCCACGAGAAGAAGUGUUGUAAAGCUAGACUGUACCAACAUCAGGCAACAGUAGUCAAAAAGAAGUCCUGCCGAACUUUUCAGCCAAGUACUUAUAAACUACUUACUCAAAUUUCACAACUGCGUGUAUAAUAGAUAAACACCAGAACAGAAAAAGUUGCACUCAUCUCCUAUUCGGACCAAGAAGACCCGCGCGGCGUUUAGAAGCAGGAGCCAACUAGUUGUAUAGCAGAACAUCGCACCUACAUCCCCGAGUAAAACAUCAAGAACAAGUGCAGCACAUCGCCAGACCUUCACCGACCUAGUAGUAGGCCGACCACGAGAAUGGCGUCUUCUUCUAGUACUGACGUAGAAAUGGCUCCUGCCCCGCAGGAACAGGCCGUGCAUAAUAAUGGCGGAGCUUUGCCGUCCUCGCCGGUGUUUGUGCAACCAGUGCCCAUUGCACAACCGCCGCCACAGGAGGCGCCGUGGGCUCACCUUGAGGCCAUCGCCCGCGACUUGGACAAGAAGAUGAUGGAAAUGGGCGAGGCAUACAAGGUUGCGGAGGAUCCUCCCCAGAAGGUCAACGUGUUGAAGGCAAUCCGCAGAUUCAUUCCGACCGUCAGCGAAUAUGACGACCUUGGUGCACUUCCGUUCGCGGCUAAGGUGGAUGCCCUCCGCGACGCCGGAGGCCUCCACGAGCUGAUGUUUCAGCUGCGGUAAUAUUAUUAUUCUUUACUUAUGUUUUACACCUGAGUAGAAAAGUGCUUAGAUGUCUACUCGCAUGCGCAGUUUACUACUUUUUGAGUUUAGAAAAAGAACCAUGCCUCCUCUCUCAUGGCCACAGCCUCAGCCAGGAUAUAUUUCCAAAGAUCCAUCUUCCACUUGCACUUACUUCCCCGCCAUCAUCUUCUUAUUCCAGAUUCGACGCUGAGAACUGCUCUUGGACGAAUUCGGCGGCUGUCUGGGCAUAUGUGGCAAACUUGGUGGCGUCGCCGAACACUUUGCCGGCGGGAGUUUUUGUUGCGCGACGCCAUAUGACUGGCAGUCUGCUGGAGCGUGCACAGGAUACGGAAAAUGUCGGAGACUACAGCAUGUUCUUCACCCCAAGUAUUUAUUUAUCUUUUUGCCUGUUUCCCUUAAGGUUGAGACUUCUCUUUCUUCAGUCGUAUCUUCUAGAACGGCCUUCGUCUCAUGCUCGUUGGGUGCUUUUGUGAGUAGUAGCUGUAUUGAAUUACGUUCCUGCUUAAGUAGAUUCACAGAGCUUGAUCUUGACUUUAAUCAUUUUGAUUCUUUCUCCACACUUAGUUCGCGUGAUUUGCCGCGUGUUCCUGGAAGAACAGAAGAAGCUGUGCGCGGCGAAAGGUCAGGCGACUGUGGCUUCCAGGGACGUGGGGGCAGUGAUGAAGAAGAAGUUUAGAUGUGCAGUGCCUGGCCGUGUGGUCAAUGAGAAUAACGGCCAUCGUUGGCAGAAGUACUGCUCCUCAUUUUUGAUUUAAGUAAGUAUGUAAGUACUUAAGCAUUUACUGCGCCCAGAUCUCAACUGGUAGAAGUGCUUCCUUAUUCCUUACUUAUGACUCUGAUCCAAUAAUAAGCUUUCUUGCCUUAUAUCAUACUCCCCUAACCAAGCAGGAACUCACUCCCACCCUCAAUCUCAAUCACUUACUUCAGACUUAACGCGAACUUGUUCGAUAUCCAUGGAAACGGAGCCUUGCGCCCGUUAUACGAUGCGUACAAUCGAAUCGCCUCCAAAUUUAAGGCCAGGGGGUUUCUUUCUUUUAUCUUUCUAUCUUUUGCGCAUUGCUUGUUGUGAUCAGGGUUUUUGAUUUUACUGAAUCAUCUCGUGUGAGCAAGCUCCAGGACUUGCUUAUUUAUCUAAAUCCAAUGCUAAAAAACUUUUUUUUAAGUAGCUAAAAACUAUUUGUUAUAUUCUGUAAGCCCCGAAGCCUCCAGCUCCACCCCUGACCCCUCUAACCAUGACGCGGUCAGCAUCCUCUGUCCGUUCGACGGACUCACCGUGCUCGAUGAUCUGCUCACCAAUGUGGAGCCAAGAGUUCUGAUUGAGCUCUUCAACACUUUUGAGGAGAUCGAUUUGAAGGCCAAGCGCUUCCACGAACAGAGCCAAGGUGACGGGAAGAGGCGCAGGACCGAUUUCAAGUGGACCUCGGCGAUGCUCUUGAAAGAGUGCCAGCUGAUUCGCUGUACUUGCUUAUCUACGUCGUCUGUCUUUGUCUUCGUCUAACUCUGAGCGCGUCUUGUUCUUGGGUGUAAGUGUGUGAUUCUACUUGCUGGCUAGUAGACUUUCGAUAGUCAACCUUCUGAUUUAAUUUUAAUAUGACUCCGUCGAGAUGAUUUAAUUAAGUUGUUCUUUCCUAUUGGUCAUCACUCCACUUUAUGGAGUCAGCAUCAAUAGCUUUUCAACUUUGACCAAACAGUGCGGCUCGAUAUGAUCGCGAAGCUGCAGGGGGCAUGCACUGAUCUUUAUAAUCCGGCUGAUCUCGUUCUCGUGAGUGAGAACGAUACAGAGGAUCACGCGCGCAUGGCCCACCUCCAACCACGUGAGUACCGCAUGUACCUCGUGUACAGGGCCUCCGUGGAGAAUUUCUGGGAUAUCCGGCGUUCCCAGUUCCUCGCGGUACUUUUUUACUUGCUUAUCCUGGUUGAAGUGAUCGGUGCAGGUUCUCUCCGAGAGUGAGAAAGUGGCUUUUCAUUUUUGAUAAUAGCGAUAUCCUCUUUUUCCCUCUACUUUGUGAUCUGUGACUGAUAACUGAUCUUACCUCACUAACCAUUUUCUAUGCUGCCAGGUCUUGGACGACAAGAAUGGCGAAAUUGACAGCCGAACGCUCCGCAAGAUUCUAUUGAAGACCUUUACGGAGGACGAGGUGCGCAUGAUCUUCGAAGCCCCGCGUUUGGGACAGCCAUUGGAGGACCCAAAUGCAAAGCGCAAGGACCCCGAAGAGGAUGAGGAAGACGAGGUGCGGACUAUUGAGACGGAAUUUUAAAGAAUAAUCUACGUUAUGCUUAUCCACCUAUGGGUCACUCACGUUGGAAGAACUCGUCUGUUAGUCUUUCUCUCUCCUUGUCCUUGGAAGUUACGUAGUAGCAGGUGCCUCCACAUGCGUAAGAAGACCUCAUCUCCAAUGUAUCACAGACUGCCGUUUUGACGCCUUACGAGUGGGCCUUUUCUGAUGCAAUUCAUCCGUGGCCGAUGGGGGAGCAUUACCGUUAAGGCUAAAGUAAACACUAACUGGGUCGUAGCUCUUGUCUGAGUAUGGAUGUUUGAUGUGGUCUUGUUGUGAGUCUGUAUGCUAAAAAGCCUGAAGUACAAACUAACACCCGUUCCUUCUCUAAUUCACCGGCAAGGACCCUAAGAAGAAGGACCCAAAGGCGCCGGAGGUGAUAAUCUGCACCGUCGACGAUUUGGAGCGCAGUACUUCGGCUUACUUACAUUUUUCUUUUGGUUUUUGCAUGCGGUCGCGAUCAGAUUCAACGAAUAAGUCUCGUUGUUCGAGUUGCUUAAGUACUUAUAAGUACUCAGUAGCUAUUCUGAUUCUCUCACCCUCUUUCUAGAUAAGUAAGUUCUUCUACCUCUACUUCACACAAGGACGAGGCCUCGCCUCCCAUUGUGCACUCUCGUCUUUCACUUUCAGUUGCCAAACAAAAAACCAUGGGCCGCGGAGCGUUUUACUACGGCGAUUACUCUCGUGUUACCGCGUUAACCGAACGAGAGACGGUCGAACCUAAGAAGCCGCUGGUGAGCAAGAAGGCGGUGGCGCAUAUGGCCGAUGGAAUUGCAGCGAUGCGCGACGCGAGUGCAAAUCCACUCUACUUUUUCGUCACUACGAAUGUCGACCAUGAGGAGAAGAUGAUCAAGGAAACGAAGAAGCUGACCGGCUGCAAGAGGGGCACGAUUGUCCUGACGAAGGAGUCGUGGGAAAAGAGCUGCCACAAGAAGAUGGAUGACGCAGAUCUCACUGGUACUCAUUUGCUUUUCUGAAACUUGGUAUGAGAAAUAGAUAAUCUUGUUUCCAAUUCACGCACCUUUCUCGGAACAGUAGAAGACAUUUGUACUUCAACGCAUUCCCUUCCCGCGAUUUAUUUUUUAGAUUGACUUUGGGCAAUCGCUAAAAACAGAGCCGUACCUGACAAACAUGGAUGGAAUUCCCCGCACAUUUUGGACGGAAUUGGCCGAUCAGAGAACCAAGCUCCUGACACGCUCCUGCAUCGACUUAAAAGAGGCACUUAAGUAUACUUUUCAGUAUUGUUUUGAUCCCCUUAAGAGUAAGCACUUGCUCGUCGUUGUUUUGCUUUUGGUCAUGGUCUUUUCUGAAUCUUAUGAAACAACUUGAGGCUCUUUAUUUGAGUACUUACUCACUCAAUUAAAGGCGCACCCCUAUUCCUAUUCUCAACGCACGCUCUAGAUCGAGGAUAGCGGAUGUCCGCUGGAGAUUGAGGAGAUGCCCAUCGCGUACCAAUCGAUUCCAGACGCAACGGGAAAAUCUUUGGAGCAGUAUGUUGCAUGGUUCACGCGCCAGAAGAGCUGGACGUUCUACCAGGCACUGCGAACGCAGCUGCUGAAGCAAACGAACGGAGCCGUCCCCGUUGUGGUCGACUUGUCGUUCGACUUAAGGCUACUUAGUCACUCUGCCUCACUCCAUUGAUUUCAGGCUUUGCGUUCUCUAUGGGGGAUAGGGGUUAUUGAUGUCUUUCUACAUUUGAUUUUGGGGGAGAUGAAUGCCAAAGCAGCCAUCAAGGAAAGUGAGAAAGAGAAACUGGUCACUUCUAAUGCCUGAGAUGCUCUGUGCGUUUUGUAUCCUGAUGAAGAUGGACUACAUUGGUACUGCAACUUCUUAGUUGCAGCGGUUCUCAUUUCUUGAGUUUUAGUUCUGGUGCAAGUGCUUUCUACUCAGUCAAAGUCAAUCUUUCUACUUAUUCAGUUUUUACUCACGUAUUAUUAGCCCCCUCUUCUGCUCUACAGGAGUGCCGAUGACGCCAGCCCACGAGGCUGUCAAGAAGAACUCCGCGCGCCAUCUUUGGUGGUGGGCGAAGACCUUCAGUUAAGGAUAAGAAGUAAGCGCCUCUUUACUUAUCUACUUAAACAAAGCCUUGACGCUCUUCCUUGCGUGUUGCCCAUCUUCUCAGUCGCGCUUACUCGUAGCUAGCUCUAACAUCUUUGCCCCCUCGACCAUGUCAGCGAGCAAUAUCGUAUCGCAGAGGACUACAUUAAGUACACGAAGCGCAACAUCACGCCGAUGCAGGUAAGAGUCAUGGAGGACUUCAUCGAGUACAACAUUUAUGGCUCGGCUGAGCGUAUAAGUCUCUACUAGUUUUUCUAUUUUUGUUUAAGAGAAAGAGAGUGGUGCUUCGUAAUUGUAAAGUUGGCAAACUAAGUAGCGUCUUUUGUUAUAGCUGGCACCUCUCUUUCAUCCUGUGAGUAGUGUAACCUCUCAAGCAUAGCAUCCUGAACCCCGCCUGCUCUAAUUUUCCGUGUGGAACAAACCGGCUGAGCCAAACAGUCGCUCGAAAAAUGCCGCAACCGCGAUCAACAUGAAGCGCCCCAAAAUGAGCAAGGAGCAGAAGGCCGCCGAGGGAAAUGGUCAAAGCAAGAGCCUCUUGGACGAGCUCCUACAGAUGCAGCAGCAGAACAAGAACAACAACGACGGCAACCAGCAGGAGUGA